AUGCCGACGUUCAAACUAGAAGAUAUGGACGAGAAUCAGCCGUACGGCGGCGAUAACGACAUGUACUUUCGGCAGUGGAGAUUACCGUCGAUGAAGCCAGUUUUGGAUGAAAAAUUAGACCGAGAUUUCCUCGAAGCAGUGGCGAAAAAAGACGAAGCGAUGAGAAAACGAGCAGAACGAAGGCAGAAACACAGCGAAAAGUACGAUAAAAAGUUUCAAGAGAUGGUUAAAGCGAUGAGUGAGGCGUCUGUGAAGGAAAAAAGAGGGGAAUUUUCGAGAAAACCAAUUGAGGAAGAAUUGAAACGAGCUAGAGAGGAUUUGGAGAGAGAAUUCGCAUCGCCAAGUUCCACAGCGAGAAUGGUACCGUUUAAAGCAAGCAUUCGACCCCGCCAAAAUCCGAUUUUCGGCGAAAAGAUGGUCUUAAUGAAGGAUCUGGUGCUCCCACCACCCACGUCAUUAGGCUCCGCUCCCCGAGAAUCCACUUUUGGAGCUCACGAGACAGUAUUCUACCCCCAGACCCACGACUCUUUCAAUCUGGACCACUACAAUGGGUCUCGCCCCUCCUUCGCGUUUUCCGGAAUUCAAGGAGCGACGUCUACGCCGGUUUCGGCGAAAGGAGGCAACUUUUUCAAUGGCGGAAUUCCAGAAGAGCUGGAAGAUAGCGUUUUUGAGUCGUCGAAAUAUGUAACAGCGAUGGAAUCGCCGAUUCAGAAGGCUGCGGGCGGUCAGAAGACGAUGUGGGAGACACCGAAGACUGGAGAGGGGCAGAAGACGACGUCGCUGGGGAUUCAGAAGGCUCCAGAAGUGUCUACGACGUCUGUGGAAGCUCCGAAACUGUCAGGAUUGUUCCAGAAGUCUGUGGAGACACAGAAGGCGUCAGAAGCCCCUACGACUUCUAUGGAGACCCGAAAGCCGCUUGCUGGAAAAGCCGCGACAUCACCGAUUUUUGCCUCCCAAACGGCUCCAGGAACAUCAAUUUUUGGCCAAAAGUCCUCUCCAGAAGCCCCAAACCCGAAUUCUGAUGCACCAACCCUUCCAGAACCACCAAAAACAGACGCCGCCUCCUCAAAACCCCCGUCCCAGCCAUUCAUUUUAUUUAAAAACUACAUCAACCUUUUAAAAACCCUUCAAGACGAGAAGAAGACGUUCGAAACGUCAUCUGACCCUCAAUUCCGUUCCCUUUUGAAGAGAACUAUCACCGAGAAGGUUACGGUAUUCACCGAACGACAGACGUCUUCAGAAGCGAGAUCCGAGAUUCUGGAGUUUUUCAAAACGAUGCUACAGAAGAAACCAGUUGAGGGAUUUGCUGUGAUUGGGAAGGCGCCGGAAAUUAGGCUGGAGAAGGAUGAAGAGGUCAAUUAUGCAGUACACUGUGUCGUGGAGAAGUAUAUUUCCCUCGCCGAACUCGAUGAAGAAUUGGCUCCAACGAUAUCCGACCUGAUUUCCCGUCUCUCUGCUGUCAUCCGUCGCGUCGAGAAGGUCUUCAUCGUGCUGAUGUUCAACAAAUCCACGUUGCUUCGUCAGAAUCCGAAGGAAUGUCUCCAGAAGUUUGUGGAGCACGUAACGGCGGAGAAUUCAGAUGAGAAGGCGAUAGAAUGGAAUCAGGAGCAGGCGCUUAGCACCCUGUUCUUCACGGUUUUCGCGAAAAACGCCCUCAUCUCCACAAAAGGACGUAAAAUGGUGCUGAGCGACGAGCUGCUCUGGAAAUAUGUGGAAACGUCGAUUGCUCAUGUUCUAGAAGUACCCAAGGCAUCGUUCAUUUUACUCCAAUUGAUUACGAUAUGCAAGCCUCGCCUCUUUGCUGACGAGGAUCGAUGGAUCGAUAUGCUGGCGACGAUCGAAUCGGAGAUCCUUCCAGAGCUCGAAGCGGAUCCGUUCGCUGGCGACGAGGCGGCGAUUAGUCAGCUGGCUCAGAUGGUUGCUCAUCUUUUGGAAUAA